UCCAGCCAUCGGGGAACGCGGCUGCCCAGGGAAAAGUCUUGAAAUGCGGAGGGAGGGCGGAGUAGCAAAUGAGGCUGGUUCCGCCCCCUGCAGCCUCCGAGGAAAAGCGGGAAGCAAAGGCAGGAGUUUACGGGUGCACCGGAGAGAAAGCAGGCAGGGCGGGAUGGAUGUGGGGGCCGCAGAGUUUCCAAAAAUGUUGCCUCGGUUAGAGGAGCUUGUCCUGGGCUGCGACUUUGUUGGCCUUGAUAUGGAAUUCACAGGUUUGCAUUCUGACAAUCAGCCUAGUCUCUUUGAUUUACCUGCUGACUGGUAUCGGAAAGGCAGACAAAAUGUUCAGCGGUUUACAGUGAAUCAACUUGGUUUGUCCAUAUUUUACAAGGGGAUGUCAAAUGAGUAUAUCGCGCAUUCGUAUAACUUCUUCCUAUUCCCUGCCACAUUUGGCCGAAUGGAUUCCGAGUUCUCCUGUCAAGCAUCUAGUAUUCAAUUCCUGUCUCAUUUUGACUUUGACUAUAAUAAGUUUCUUAAAGAUGGAAUCCCUUAUAUGAAUGAAACACAAGAGAAGAAGCUUCAGCAUCUGUUAUCUGGUAAUUGGAUGGUCCAAAGUUUUGAUAAAGUCAAGGUGAAAAAAGCGAUUGAUCAAGUAACUUGCUGGAUAGCCUCAGCAGAAGAGGAAGAUUCUAUGGUUCUGCAUGAUAUAUAUGGCUUUCAAGUGAUCGAACUACAACUCAUUCUAAGAAAAGCUUUUCCAGAUAUUUGGACUAUUCCUUUGGAAAAUGAAAAAUUGAUGGUGAAAAAGAUGAAUCCACAAUACCGCUGGGUCCUGGAAAACACUGCUUUUGAUCCAUGUCAAAGAGAACAAAUUCUUUAUUCCGCAAGGGGCUUCACCAAUAUCUUCCAGACACUUGUGAAAGCUAAGAAGCCACUGGUGGGACACAACAUGCUGAUGGAUCUUCUGUAUCUGCACGAGAAAUUUUACAAACCCCUUCCUGAAAAGUAUGAGGAAUUCAAAGAUAACAUUCACUUCCUGUUUCCUGUUCUUUUGGAUACGAAGAACAUUGCCAAAGCCACUUGGAAGGAAUUUCAAUUUCCUCAAGUUUCUUACCUUUUGGAGUUGUAUGAAACGCUGUGCAGUGUUGUGAAUCCAACAGACCAGCUUUGUCCAGAGAUCUUUCACUCAGAUGAUUGUCUCAGAUACGCUAUAAAUAAGUGUCCUCAUGAGGCCGCCUAUGAUGCAUUCCUCUGUGGAGCAGUUCUUCUUAAAAUAGCUCACUUGCUCCUUUGCAGAAAAACAGGUCAUCAAACAGCAGCACCCACUUUUUCUCAGUAUCUUGAUGUAUUAGCUGCGUAUGUGAAUGAGGUGAACUUGAUUCGAGGUGGAAUUCAGAAAAUUAAUUUUUCUGGUGCAGAUGACUUAACAUCACGCCUACCCCUCCUACUAGUCACUGUGAAGGGGUGGCAUGGGGUAACUGAAGAGCAGAUUCAUCAAGAGUUGAGGAGUUUCUGCAGGUUUGAUGUCCGUCAGCUAAGAAUGAACCAGUUUCUCCUGCUCUCCAAUCAUUUUAAAGACAUCAGGAUAGUUAUGAAAGUAUAUAAAGGCCAUCCCAACCUGCAGAUUUCCGUGUAUCACCGUUGGAAGCAUUCUCCACGAGUGACUAGCUUCUUACAAAUAUGUGGCAUUGUGGCUUCUUGGUCUCUGCUGGCUUUCUUGCUUGGAGGCUCUUAUAGUUGUCGUGCAUAACAGCUCAUCCACUGGAAAUGCUUGGUUUCUUUUCCCCUCAAUGUAAGCUGCACAAUAAUAGAUUAAAACACCUUGCAAUGAUCCCCAAAUUG